AUGCAGAAACCAUUAAAUCCUCAAGCAAACUUAGAAUUUGCAUUUAAUAAUUUCAUUGACAACAUCGGCAAGCUCGUCUCACAUAAUUAUUGCGUUCAAAAUAGCAGAAACUCGUUAUUGACAUAUACAUCUGAAGCUCAACACUUAUUUCCUGGCUUAUUAUCAACAGUGAAUGGCGAUAAUAUAUCCGCUUUGCUUGUUUCUGGAACAGAAAAUUUUCCGACAAUACAAGGUCCUCUUCCGUUCUUAAAACUUUGGAAACCAUAUGCGAAAUUAUGCUGCGAUUUACAGUUUUCUAUUCCCGAUAUCAUAAAACAAAGUAUAACUCGAAAUUUUGAAAUAAUAAGUACUUCAUUAAGCCAUAUAAAUAAAAAUCAGAGCGCUCAAAGCGGAGGAAAGAAGAAUGUUCAGCCUCUUAUUCAGCAAAAAAUCAGUUUACUUUCAGAAUGUUAUCUUUUUUUACAAAAUCCAAGUGAUACGGAGCAACUACAAUCGAUAACAUCGAAAAUUAAAUCAUACUCGAAGAUUUUAAACGAUUGUUUCGUGAAAGAAUUCAAUGAUUGCGGAAUUUCUUCAAAAGAUCUUGUUAGAAUCAGACAAAAGGUAUAUACAGCGUGCAGUGAUACUAUAUCCAUCAUCAAUAGUAUAAUAUUUAUUAACAUUGACAUUAAAAAUAUGCUUAAUUCACUUGAUCGGUUCCAAGAAGCCUUAUUAGUUGCAUUAGACCACUCGGAUGCAUCACAAUCAGCCAUAUAUAGAAGACCAAUGCUUCCAGAACUACCAGAAGAGCAUAUUCCCGAACAAAUUAAUCUUGAAACAAAUGAAGAAGAAGAAACAGAAGAACUUGACUUUAAAUCAUUUAAUAAUGCAUAUGAACUUAUGGAUUAUGGUAUAGAUAACGCAAAAAAGCUGAAAAAAUCGGAAAUAAUUUCGGAAUUUUUAAAAUACUUGAAAGAAUUAGUUUCUCAAAUGGAUGAUGACAAUAAAAAUACUAUUAAGAGUCUGCAGAAGUCAUUAAAAGACUUUGAAUUGAAAAGCCAGACUGAAUUAUUAGUUUCUGAAAAUAAAAGGAAAGAAUUGAUGAAAAAGAUCGAAGAAAUGAACAAUUUGCAUUCAGAUGAUAUCAAGAAUCUCAGAAAUAUUAUCUCUUCUUGUUAUUCUUACUUCGAAAACCAAGAUAUUGAUGAAUCUGUUUUAAAUUCUGAGCUUCACAUGAUGAUAUCUAUGUCAAUUAGCAAGUUUAACAACUCUAUUGUGAACAAAGACCAAAGUAUAAUGAAAAUUUUUGAAGAUUUACUUGAAAUUCCUGAAAAUAUUGAUAUUUACUCUUAUAUGGUAAGUUUGAGACAAGAAAUAAAUAAAAAGAUUGAAAAUCUCAGUCAAUCCAAUGCUGAAAAGGAAGAAACAAAAAAUAAUCAAAAUGAAGAGUUAAAACAAAAGAUUUAUGACUUGCAGAACGAAUUUGAUGAAAGAAUUAAAUCAUUAACUUCAAAAAUCUCUAAUUUAUAUCAGAUUAUCUCUGAUAAAUUCAAAGAUUUCAUAAAUGUUCCGAAAACAGGUUCAUUUUUUGAGGAUUCUGUUGAAGCAUGCGAUCUAAUGGUCCAUACUCUGAAGAAAGAGAACGAAAGGAAUGCAAAAUGUGAGAAAAUUCUCGGAGAAGUUCGAGAUCGUUUAGCAAAAUACCUCAAAAUCGAAGUUCCGUCAGGUGAUUUCGAUAGUUCCUCGCUUAGAUUAAUAGAAAUCCUAGAAAAGAUGCAAAAUCCUUUGCAAUCUAAGCUAGAAAACUCAGAUGCUUUAGUAAAUGCGCUAACAAAGGCACUUUUGCAGAUAAAAGUCAAACUGAAACUUGGAGAUACAACAGCAGAGCAACAAUUGAAAGGUCAUGUCCUCGCUGCUUCUAUUUUAAAGGACGUUUCGACUUUUUCGGAUAAUGUCGACCUUUUGAAGAAGUCAUUUCUAGCCUACAGGGAUAUAAUUAUUAAAUAUAACGAUAAGGCUGCACAAUUUGUUGGUUUAUCCAUUGAUAAUGAACAUUAUCGAAAUAUGUCAGAACCGGAUUUUGUUUCUUUUUCGCAACGAUUGUGUAAUGGCAUGGUCCUUCAAGUAAAGCCAAAGGUUGAUAAGUCUAAACUUACAAAUGAAGGAAUUAAUAAGAUAUUUGAAGAAGUUUUCAAAAAUGUCGAAAUUUCCAACAAAACGCAGCCUAUGGUUUAUCUUCCAGAGCUAUCAACAUUAAUAAUGACCAUGAAUAACACGCUUUCUGCGUUAAAACCUUUUGCAGCAAUUUUGAAUGAAAUUUUUUCGCAAUUUGAUUGCAAACUUAGAGCAUUUUCGCCUGUAUCGGCCCAAUAUAAGAUGCUAAGGCAAAAUGUAAUGAAGAUUCACGCAGCUCUUUCAGCAAUUGUGCCAAGCAAAAUUAAUUCACUUGUAUUUUUAGUUUUAUCCCGUUUUGUUGCAUUGUUAUCAUCUCUAUUGUCUGCAUUGUCAACGCUCUCAUUCGGUGAGUCGGAUAUUGAUUCAAAAGAAGAAAUUUUCAAAAUUCAACAAGAAAAUAUUAAGUUGAACAAUCUACUUAAUGAGCAUAACAAUGUAUAA